ACAUCUACAUAAAAAUGGCGCUUCGUGCUGCUGGAGCCCGUUUGGGCGCUCGGCCCCUCGCGAACGGGUGGUCGGGCAGGCGCGCUCUGGCCGUUCGUGCCCAGGCGGGCGCCAAGUCGGGCGACUACGUGCAGGUCCACUACACGGGCACGCUCGAUGACGGCAGCGUGUUCGACUCCUCCCGCGAGCGCGAGCCGUUGGAUUUCAUCAUCGGCGCGGGCAAGGUCAUCAAGGGCUUCGACACUGCUGUGAGCGGCCUGGUCGAGGGCGGCAAGCGCAAGCAGCGCAUUGAGCCGAAGGAGGCGUACGGGGAGAAGGACCCCAACGCCGUCAUCUCUGUGCCCAUCAGCCAGGCGCCGGCGGGUCUGGAGGCGGGCAUGAAGGUCCAGCUGUCCAACGGCAUGGUGGCUGCUGUGGCCAAGGUGGACAAGGAGUCCGUGACCCUGGACCUGAACCACGAGCUGGCGGGGCAGGCGCUCACCUUUGACGUUGAGCUCAUGAAGCUGGUACCCAGCGAGCGCCUGCAGAAGGCCACCUUUGCAGCCGGCUGCUUCUGGGGCCCGGAGCUGGCCUUCCAGCGUGUGCCCGGCGUGCUGUCCACCGAGGUGGGCUACAGCAACGGCGAGGCCAAGGACCCCACCUACGAGGAGGUGUGCGAGGGCACCACUGGCCACGCGGAGGUCGUGCAGGUCCUGUACGACCCCGCUGACGUGUCGUACGACCGCCUGCUUGAGGAGUUCUGGGGCCGCCACAACCCCACGCAGCUCAACCGCCAAGGCAACGACGUGGGCACUCAGUACCGUAGCGCCAUCUUCACGCACACGCCGGAGCAGCUGGAGGCAGCCAACAAGAGCAAGGCUGCCUUCCAGGCCAAGUUCAAGGACCCGAUUGUGACGGUGGUUGAGCCCAUCAACAACUACCAUUCCGCCGAGCCCUACCACCAGCAGUACCUGGCGCGCGGCGGCCGCUUCGGCCGGCCGCAGAGCGCCAACAAGGGCUGCGACGACCCCAUCCGCUGCUACGGCUAAACGGCCGGCGGUGAGAGCGGCGCCCAGAGAUGACCCCAGUUGGCCUCGCGGACGCACGUGCUUGGAGGAGAACGCGCAGGACUGCAAGCAGGGUCAUUUGCCGACCCCCAAUCACGUAACAACCGAACCCCAAUCACGUAACAGAGCCGGCCGCUAACAGAUGUGGCUAGAGGAAGAGUUUGUUUGUGCAUUAGUACGUGUGCAGGUUUCAGGGGGGUGGGCUGCUUCUAGGUGUUGUUUCCGUGUCACGUUUGGGGCUUAGGUGAUGAAGUUAUCACGCCGGGCAGUUUGGUAUGGGCAGACGGAAAGCAGGACAGCGCAGGAGGUACGGUUCGGACGGUUAUCCGGUGUUGCGAUGUAGGACACGCAGACGGAAAGCAGGAUACAAGUACAUCGAAUGAACGCAUUGCUUACGUUGUGACUGUUGAUGUUCCCGGUGAACGG